AUGACAUUGCAAGCGACCCAGACCAAGACGAUGGAUGAUGCCAAACCAGCUGAUGACAAGGAUGUAUUUCAUUCACAUUGUGGAGUUGGGUCAUGCCGUCCUCAAGCUCUACAAUGUUUCAAAAAUGUCUUAUCAUUUUCCGUUUUCUUCGGCCUUUCAGCCAUGAUCACACAGUCGUUGACUGUUUACAUUGUCUCACAAGUCACAGCCCUGGAAAAGCAGUUCGAUCUGAACAGUACAACAACUGGUAUUCUCCUUGGCUGCAAUGACAUAGGUUUCGUCUGUUCCAUUGUUUUCAUUAGUCAUUUUGGAAGCUACCGAUCUAUUCCUAGAAUCAUCUCUCUUUCUACCAUCCUGUUUGGCAUCUCAGGUAUUUUAGCAGGUCUGUGCUACUUCUUUGAUCCCUAUCAGUUACCCAAGCUUUCAAAGGAGAAUCUUAGGAAUUCAUCAUUGGACCAGAGUUUCGUGGCCCCUUUGUGUGACCCGGGCAACACGACGUCAGAUGGGUGUGGUGAGGAGGGUGCAGCCAGUGAUUCUGGUAGUCCACAAUGGAUAGUCUGGGUUUUGGGUAUCAGUAUGGCUCUUCAAGGUAUCGGAAAAUCACCCCGGGCGUCUCUGUCAGCCACUUACAUAGACAACAACAACCCCAUCAAGACCAAAACCGGACUGUACUUCGGUAUCUGUUCGACGAUGUCGCUGUUUGGACCUGCAAUAUCAGUGAUAAUAGGAGGCGUGUUUAGGACCAUCCCAGUUGAUCUGCAAGACACGGUGCUAACACCAGUACAUCCAGAAUGGAUAGGAGCAUGGUGGCUUGGAUUUCUCCUGUUCGGCUGUUUGGGUGUCAUCGUUGGAAUACCUUUAUUGUUCUUCCCGAAACAAAUUCUUCCAACUGAGGAAACACAAUCACCCAAAGAGGACGCUCCCAUUAAGGAGAACAUAAUAGAGUUGCCCCGGUCAGUGUUCCGUGUGUUGAGGAGUCCUGUCUACAGUCUGACGCUGACUGGCCUCCUCGUCAUGCUCUUUAUGUUGGCCGGAGGUCAGGCCUUCACAUCCAAGUACGUCGAGAAGCAGUUCAUGGCCCCCGCAUCCACAACAAAUAUCAUCCUAGGGAUAGAGAAUCUCAUCAGCCUUUCAGUUGGGACCUUCACUGGGGGACUUCUGACAAGUCGUCUAAAACUCACACGAGCUGGCUGUCUCAAGCUUAUCAUCAGCACCCUAACUGUAACAAUAUUGAUCGGCUGUGAUACGCCCAAAAUCCAUGGUUUCCAUGACAACGAGGGAAUCAUCACAUUUGACGACGGCAUCAGAUCGUGUUCGUGCGACAGCACCAGUUACUUUCCUGUUUGUGGGGACGACGGGAUGACGUACUUCUCCCCUUGUUUCGCUGGCUGUACAAACCAAACUCUAUCGAUGUAUGGAGGUUGUAGCAAGGUGACGAGCGGCCAGACAACGGCAGGGAUGAGCGUAGAGAGCAAGGACAAGGCAAUGGCGCUUGCGUUGUAUGGGUUUUUGGCAUCCCUGCUAGCAUUCCUUCCUGCUCCCAUCGUGUAUGGCUACAUCAUCGACAGCGCAUGCCUAAUUUGGCAAAGGUCAUGCGGAGUAAGAGCUCUGUGA